CCUCACCGGUCUGCGCACGCGUGAGCCUUGGUAGCCCUUGUUGUACUCAGUGUACACUGUAGCAGUAGAUCACAUCUCAAAGCGUCAAUGCUCACAAAACUGAUUCACCUGGCAUUAGCCGUCGCUUGGACGGCUGUCAUAUUUUAUGAUCUUUUUAUUAUGAAGUAUCCGCGUGGUCCACCGACUAGACUUGCCAACUUGGCUUGGAGGUUUCGCUUUCUAACAGUGUGGAACAUGGUAUUGCACUGUAUCUAUUUUUAUGUGUCUUUUGCUGGCGAUAUUUGUCCGGUCGUGUGUGGAGACAAGAAGAAGAAGUGUUGGUUGUUGUCAGUGAGAGACAACUUGUUUACAGCUGUCGUCUAUCCGACCAGUUUGUUCAUUCCCGUUGCUUUCUGGAGCCUGUUCAUGAUUAACAGAGAGCUCAUUUACCCUAAGGAACUCGAUGCCAUUGUUCCUUUGUGGCUGAAUCACUUUCUUCACUCGUUCAUUGGAGUGUUUGUUCUGUUGGAGGCCAUGAUUGUCCAUCACGAGUACCCUUCUUUAGUCAAAGGUUUCCUACAAGUGGCUAUAUUUGAUAUGUCGUACCUGAUGUGGACUUUUUGGUUACGUUAUUAUACAAACGAGUGGGUCUACCCUGUCUUUCAGGCUCUCUCACCAAUCGGACUGAUUUUGUUCAUUGUUGUGUCUUUGACGGUCAGUUUCUUCUUCUAUUGGCUUGGAAGAGCUUUACAUAUAUUACGAUGGACAUCCUCAGGAACAAAACAGGAUUAGGUCUAACAUUUUGUUGUAAACGAAUCCUGCUUUGUCUGGUUGAAUUUGAGCAUGUUGAGUUGCUGUUACUUAGCAUCAUUUGUAUGCAUUGCAAAACGAUGCUUGUGUCACUAAUUGAAAAUGUGCUCUGAUGCUGACUUGCUUGUGUGUGUUUUUAUAUACCGUAUUAUAUAUCAGAGUUUUUGAUAGCAACUGUGCACUAGGAUAUCUAAAACAA